AUGGCCAAGGCAACAUGGAGGAGAUCAGUCCACAGCAAGGUGAAGGCAGCUGGCAUGACACAGUCCUAACUGGAGAGAAAUGCCCAGAACUGGAACCGAUGGUGUGGUGUAGUUGCGGACCUAUGCUCCACUGGAGAACCUUUCAUGGUGGAUACAGAAAUCUGUGAAUUGCCAGCUAUCCGGACAAGACCGCAGACAUGUAGAACUUCCUACACAACAAAUCAGCCAUGUAGACAAAGUAAAGGUGCUGAAGGAGACUUGUCAGGAAAAACAAUCGCGAAGUUAUUUUACAAGAUGCCUUUAGUAAGGUCAAAGAGGAAGACGCAUGGCUUCGUGUGUGUGGCUCAACGUGACAAGCUCCUGGUGAUCUGCUAACAGCGUACCAACACUGCAUCAAAGAGCUGCGCUCCUUUCACUGAAAGCCUCGACAUUUGCCGAUUGUCUCUCCCCCUCCAAAAAAAAGUACAUGUGACCUCUGAUCGGUCUCACCACAUACACAUUCAUGAAAUGCAUGAAUUCACAGUCAGAAGAGUUGAGUAGGAAUAAGCAAAGAGCAGCAGAUGACACGAAAGCUCUCAUUUUAACAAGACCGAAGACAGGCCCGUUCUUAGCCCCCGCGGGGCCCGAGGCAAAGGACAUGUGCGGGGCCCUCACGCCACGAUCACACGGUUUUAGUUGGGAUCUAAAGUCACUUUUUUCCUCAGGGAUAUCUCAUCUUUUAUCAUUGACAGCACACUGCAUACAUAUUACAACAUAAACCUACGAUUAAUUUAUUUGUAACGUUCGUCAAUAGGUUACAAUCAAAAGCGCGGGGCCUCUUGAAGCGCGGGGCCCUAGGCAGAUGCCUCGUCCGCCUGCCCCUAAGCACGGCCCUGACCGAAGACACAGGGCUGGCUAUAAACUCGCUUCAUAACCAUAGGAAAUCGAACAGGAAGUAUUAUUUAUCAGCUCGGUGUGGGGCUAGGAGAGGGAGGGGGAAGUAAAUUCCCCGCACAUUUUGACUGUGCUGUAAACACUAGCUGAAAUACUAGCUCAAUAAACGACAUCACGAGGCAUCCACCGUUUUGAACCGACAGUCUGCCAAGCGCUGUCGACGACAAUGUAUCUACUACGACUAACGGUUAACAGCAGCGUGGAUACCUGUCAACGACACCUUGCUGACUGAAAGUUCUGGAGCUGUGGGACACAAAUAUUUCGUGGCUACAACUUGAAAUUCUGAUGAUCCAUUUUUGAUUGGCCCACGAAAGACUGACGAAAAGUUAAUAACACGUGUUGAGAAAUAUCUGUUACUGCCAAAAGCUUCUUGACUCGGUCGUGAUGAGCAGGGGACCUUCAUACGAGAGGAUUACUACUCUACAUAGAAAUUUUUAUAAUUUUCUUUACCUUGAUGGCUGAAAUUUAAUCGUAAACACUUCACAAUAGAAAAAUCGAGUACAGAAAACUCUGCAACAUGGCUGGUCUGUUUUCUGACAGUGACAAAGAAGUGAAGAAACCGAGGAGACCUGGUGAAAAGGAACGCUGCUUUCAGAUUCUCGGUGAAAUUCCUUACCCAGGAAACACAUGUAAGCUCUUCGCCUGCAAGGAGAAGGACACAGACAGACAGUAUCUACUAAAGAAGGCGACCAUCGGCACCAGAGCCGACACGGACCACGCCAACGCAUGUCAGCUGCGUCACGUGAACAUCGUCCAGUACGAAACCGCCUGGCACACACCAAAUGACAUCAUGUACCUGCUGUGGGAACCUGUCUCCUGGUGCCUGUCUGUUCUGCUGGAGGAGAUGGACCUCCAAACACCAUGUGGACAACUUUAUCCUUUGUGGCUCUUCCACAUUGCGUCGGGCCUGGAGUACCUUCACGAGGGAAACAAUGGCCGCCAACCCAUCCUGCAUCGCAAUCUCAACGCCAGCAGCAUCUUCGUCACCUCCAACUGCGUCCUCAAGCUCUUCGACUUCGGCGACGCCAAACGGCUUGAAGCAAAAAACUCUACCACCAGAACGGUGAAAGGAAAUCCUGAUUUUCAUAGCCCGGAGAUUAGAAGGGGAGAAGAGUACAGAACACCUACUGAUAUUUGGAGUCUGGGAGUGACUGCUGCUCAGAUUGCCCACUACAGGGGAUUUGAAAAGUUGCGAAGAAAACAAACUGAGACUGUGAUUGGCAUUGUCGAAGCGAAGGGCCAUCAGAAGGAGGUUGUUGACCUCAUUGCGGCAACCCUGCGAGAGAAUGCAGCCACGAGGCCGUCAGCUGCCAAGUUCGUUUCUCAUCUUCGCUGUCUGUUGGGCGAGGACGUUUUGACACCACCGGAACCGGAACUUUACCCGUCUCCAAUGAAAAUGAGCAGUAGAAUGGCUAAGCGUGACAUCCACCGACGACCUUUGUUAACAUCACGUGAUCAUGUGCAACAAGUGCAGGGGUCUUCCAGCUUGGCACAAACUCUCGCUCUUAUUUAUGAUAACAGACACAAAGAAGAGGAAGGUUUGAACACACCACGACAUUCAAGCAUCCAUCGAGAACGUCGUCGCAGCAAGUGUAGCAAGGCACCAGACGAACCAGAAUCUUCUUCACCGGAAGGUGGUGCAUUAAGGCAGCCUUGUUCUCAUCGUUCACAAAACAGUUUGUCGUCUGAAUCAACGUCUUCUUUGACCAUAGAGAACUGCGAGACUCUGCGCUUAAGGGUUAAUACUCCCCUGCAGGACACCACAUCAGUAAGACAAACACACCAACGUGUUUCGGACUCUUCAGAGAGAGCGUCCAGCAGACGACGCAGAUUGGUUUCCUCUGAGACUCAGACCACGGAUUCGCUUCUCGGGCAGCCAAAGACUUUGAUACCAAACCGCAACAAGCAGACACAGAGAGAACAAUGUAGCUCACCACUUUCCACAUCGACAGAUUCCUCGAAUGGGAUGUCAUUUAGUGAUUCUCAGGACACAGCUACUGCUAGAAGCCUAAUUCAUCAUCUGAGUCGUGACAAAAAGAUGCUGUACCGACAACAAAGCAGACAGGAUCAGGUGGCGAAGGUUCAGCGAGAGCUUCAUUGAUAACAUCUUUUGUUCUUUUUUCUUGCUUCUUUUGUUUGUUGGUUGGUUAGUUUUGCUGUUUUUGCUGCUGUUCUUGUCUUUCAUGUUCUUGUUCUUGUUCUUUUACUUCUUUUUGUAGUUGUUGUUCAGAUCUCCCCUCAGGCUUUCUUUUUUGUGGAUGUUGCACCUGUUUACAAGGUCAGGUGCUUUGCUUUGAUAUGGACUUAGUAGUUCGUUCGGUAUAAAAUGCAGCUUUCCCACUCUUCUUCGCUUCUUUCAUUCGCGAUUGAAUGGUUUAGUGUACAAGAAAGAAAGGAAAUAUCGAGAAUCGGUGGUGACAUCAGUUUGAUUCUACUGUACGACCAAAGUUUCGUGUUCCAUGUUGCUGAGUGCUAAACAUUCGUCAACCAAACAAGACAUAAAAUACUCACCCAUACACUAUGAGUUAUCUUCCACUCAGGUUUCCACGUCCUAGCUUCAUCACAACUUUAUCAUAUCCGAUCUAGUUUAUUCCUUUGUUAAUAAAAUCCUGCUCUUUUUCAUAAAGGUUCAUUCUGCAGGAAAAAAUACUUUAUCGAUCUGAACUUUAAGUAAUUAAAGCAGAACCCUUCCUGUUUUGAUAAUAGCUUUUCUUUUCCAAAGGAGGAAAAUGUUGAAGAUGCUGAACAAAUUAUAAAGUGUUGACUGCUCAUUUUCUUUUUGCUGGGUUUUAUGUAUUUCAUAAUUUUUUUUUAUUAGUUCCAGUACAUGUAAUACAUUUAUACCAGUACUUCUGCAGAGCUCAAUGUUUGUUUACAAAUGGUCGAUCAAAUAGAAUUAGUUCAGAAUGCGAAUGACUCAGUAGUGAUAUGGGCUCAUUAUUUUACUCACCAGUAACCUUUGUUUCCUGAUUGGUUACUACUCAAGACUACCAUCGGCAUUAUGUAGUUAUAUAUGUGUGUGUCUUUUGAUGUAUGUUUGAGCGGCGAAAAUCAGAGUAGGCUAACCUUUGUGCAUCUGUGAUAUAUUCUUGAGGAGGUUGUGUUAGAAUAGAUACGAAUCAACUGUUUCUUUGUACUUUUGUUGAAUAUACGAUUUCUGUGUUUUUCUAUCUCUUUGUACUUUUCAUUCUUUUCCAUUUUCUUCCCUUAAGUUCUUUUCUUUCUCCCUUUCUCUUCUUGUCUUUCUCUUUCUGCCCUUCAAUUUUUUUUUUAUUCUUUGUCGGCAAAUAAAGGAAAUGGAAUGUAA